UUGUUGUAGAUAUUUAUCGAAGAGGUACGGCGAUAUCAAGGUGAAAACGAUUUGAAAACAGGUGUUAUUCGCUGCUACCCGCAUAUGAGCAUUUACCCGAUAUAUUUCAUAUAUAUCAGAGCCAUUUAUGGUAGACUACUACAAUGUCAGUCAUCAUAAGGCUUCAGAAUUUGCCGUGGGAGGCGAAGGCAAUAGACAUUAGAAACUUCUUCCAUGGUCUUAGCAUCCCAGAUGGCGGUGUGCACAUCAUUGGUGGAGAAAAUGGAGAUGCCUUCAUCGCGUUCACGACGGACGAAGACGCUCGUCAGGCGAUGGACCGCGAUCGCACGAAACUCAAGAACGGUCGCGUGAAGCUGAAGCUUAGCAGUAAGAACGAGAUGCAGAACAUUAUCGAUCUUGCGCGCGGCUCGCUUGGUAUGGUCGACACGAGGAAGGGCGACACGGAACAACCGGAAAAGAGUCCAGCGAGUGAAGAUGAUCCCCAGUCCAACAUUUCGGCUCAGCAAGCACUGCAGCAGCAACAGUUGUACCAACAGCAUGCAUUGCUUGCUGGGAAUAACCAGCAGCUAAUGUUUCAGCAACGAGGAAUAGUUGGUGACACAGUACAGCAGCAGGUGGGGAUGGGGAGAGGGGUUCUGCAGGCGGGCAUGCAACAGCAGCCGCCCGUAGUCGGUGGUGGGGCAAGUGAUUUGAACAGCCCACUAACUAAUCUAAUGGGUCAAAUCAGUGUGCAGAAUCUGCAAAACAUCCUUCAGUCCGCACAACUUAGUGGGCCUCAUCCAGGAACAAAUUCACAGCUGUCAUCUAUGGCAGGGGCAAGUUCGCAGCUGCCAAACCUGCCAGGGGCGAAUUCGCAUAUGAUGUCUUUACCCAUGGCAAAUGCUCAACUGCCCCAAUUUGGUGUUACUAGCCAACAGCCACAAAUAAUGUCCACGCAAGCCACAUAUGGUAGUCACUCACAAUCUAUAAUGGCCUUCCCUACAAUGCAAGAAGGCACACAUGUAAGUAGUUUCACUAAUCACAGCUUGGUGAGCUCUGGGUUCAGCAAUCAGAAUGACGUGACACAGGAUCUGUUUCAGCCAAUGGUGCCUGUGCAGGGUCAACCAGGCUAUACACGAUUCUCUGAUCAGGUACAUCCGCAGGGACUUAAAAGAGAAGUUGAAGAUAUUAGAUCCCAGGGGGAUGGCAAGCGGCAGCGUUUGUCAGAGUUUACAAUAGAGAUGUCGAAUAUACCGCCUAGUUCGAGUUACAGAGAUAUACGACAGUUCUUCAAACACCUCUUCAUAGCAAGAGAUGGCAUCAAAAUGGUGAAUGACCAAAGAGGAUAUAUUGGAAUUUCACUAGUGAAAUUUGAUAAUGAAAGGAGCCUCAGUGCAGCCUUCCGAAUGAAUGGUGAAUGCAUUAGGGGCGCCCCAGUAAAUAUCCGGUCUGUGCCACCAGAAGUAUUUCACAUCGCGUGUGACCCAACUUAUGGACAGUCCCCUGGGGGAUGGAAAGCUAACCUUGAGCAACAAUCAAAUUCCGCAGAAAUGCCAACGUCAGCAAUUAACAGAAAUUUAGAUGUGCCAAUGAGCAGACAGCAGCAAUUUGGCCAGAGAGCACAAAGAGAAGCAGACAAUCCGCAGGCAUACUUCGAUGACGCAAUUCAAGAUAGACCUGGUCCAGGUCACAGAAUAAUUGACAGGCCAGGGCUAUCAAGUAACCGAGGGGGUCUAUCCAUGGGCCAACCGAUACAGCAGAAGCAAUUGGCACCUGACAAUUUUACACAACUUCAAGUAGAUCGGGUGGCAGAGCUGGGGCCAGAUAAUAGAGGUCUUGGUCCGAUGGAUCAACAAGCACUUUCAGGUCUUGUUCACCAACAGGGACCACCAAGGGGCUACUCUGAAACACAAGUAAGUGAGCGAGGAUUUAAUGGCAUGACUCGUGUAGGUCCCCAACCUGGCAUAGCUAAUGUGCCUGUAGAUGACAGAUUUCCCAUGUCCCGUGAGAGGGUGCCUAUGAACCAACUUGGUCAGAGAGGUAUGCCAGUUAAUCAGAGAGACCCUAUACCCAAUCCACGGGGCCCCAUAUUUGAUAGAAGGGGUGCUCCUGUUGAUAACAGAGGACCACUGCUAAAUGAAAGAGGUAAUUUCCCUGAGCAUAGAGGACCCGCUUUCAAUCGACCAGGUAGCCAUCCUGGUGGUCAGAGAUUCGCGCCUCGUACAAUGCCCCCGCUUCUGGACGAAAAUGACAUGAUAAACCAAAUUGAUCAGCGAGAAAAUUCCUUGGGCCAGAGAAUGGAGAUGCAAAGGGGACCGCUUAUGGAUCGCGAUGGUCGUCUUCAACAUAGAGUACCCAAUGUUAAUCAAGUAGGUUUGCUAACAGAUCGUGGUCGUCCAGCAGACCAGAGUGGUGCUGUUGAACGGAGGGGGCCGUUUGCAGAUCACAUUGACUUAUCAAAGCCCAGGGCGUCUAGCAGGCAACGUGACGUGCAGGAUAGAGAGGAAAGUCUUGGCCGUAGAGAUGAGAGAUCUGCAGAUAGGAGAGAAGCUGGAUCUUCAGAUAAGCGGCAACCACCGCUGGACAGCCAUUCGUCUAACAACCAACUGCAAAUAGAAACGAGCAAGGACAGUGAUCGCAGGCGAGGUGACCAAGAUCGUAGGGACACUCGUUCUGGAUCGCGACGCGAUACUGAAAGAAAAGAUUCGCGACACAGUCGGAGAGACACACGAGAGAAACGAGGGUCUUCUAGAGAUCGUAGAGGUCGUUCAAAGGAUAGAGUGCGUGACCGACGUGAUCGUUCAUCAGAGAGAGGUAGAUCGAAGCGAUCUUCAAGAGAGUCCUCUCAUAGUCGUAGCACAAGGAAAUCUCCAGUUCGAGACUUGGACGUCGUAAAAUCCGAUGGGGCAGCUUUGCCGAGCUCGGCUGAUAAAAAGGAUGACGACAAAGCAAAAGGCAAAGAUGACAAGGAUGAUGAAAAGGCAAAAAGCAUGCCAGCUGAGAAAGAAGGCGAAAAUAGAAAUCUGUCAAAUAUGCCGGCACAGAAGAAUGAAGCAAGAAAAUCAGACGUCAAUGAAAAACCACAGUUGUCCACUUCGAAGGCAUAUAAAAUUGUUCUCCGGAAUAUGCCGAUCCAAGUGGGAAAAAAAGAGGUGGUCCGUUUCUUUGACAAGUUGCACCUCAAUGAUGAUAAUAUUACUCUACAGGCGAGCACUCACUCGGCAGCAGGGACUGGUUACAUUAAACUGAAAUCACGAGGAGAUGUAGAAACUGCACUGGCAUACAACAGAAUGAAAUUGGGGCAUAGAUAUGUUGAUGUACAAGAAGAUGUACGCGGCAAUGAUGCCCAGCCAUUGGAUGCAGAAAAGCCUAACAGCUCUCAGAUGCCUACAGAAGAAAAACAAAACAAGAACACUGAUAAUAAUGAAACGCACGACAGGUUUCACUCAGAAAGUAGAACCAGGGUGUCCUCUUCUUCAAACAAUUUUAUUAAAAUGAGCAAUUUGCCAUAUAGAUGUAACAAUGAAAUGGUUGCAUCAUUUUUGCAUGGUAUUGAGAUUGUUAAGAAUGGCAUUUUAAUUUCUUCCGAAGGAAAUUGUUACAUAGAGCCUGCCACUAAAGAAGACUACGAGCGAGCUCUUGAUAGAAAUGGGAGGCAACUGAGAAAUAGACCUAUCGAGUUAAAACCAGCUAAUCUAGAUGAUGUGCAUGCUGUGAAAGAAGCAGACAAGCGGCGUGAGGAAAGAAGAAAGGCUGCUGCUAAUAGACAAGAUAGUGGUGAGAGACGAGAUAGUGCACCGUCAAAUCGCGUCGCACCAGUCAUGAAAAAUAGCAAUGUCCUAGAUGAGAGUAGCAAAGGUAGGAAUGAUCGAAAUCGAGGACCUGACACAGACACAAGGGCAGCACAGGAGAGCAGGGGUGGAAUAUUGAAGGGUGACAAGCCUGUGCGAUCAGGUUUGCUAGGCAAUGCCCCUGAAGAUGUGGCGGGUGGGCUAGUACCUCAGAGGAGAAUAGGAAGUCAAAUGAAUGUGCACCCAGGACCUGUGCAUGGCAUGGCCAACCAAUUACAGUUCCCAGGAAUUAAUGCACCCCAGUCAUUGGCAAGAAACUUUUCACCGGGGCAGCAAAGAUUUAUGGAUGAUGGUCGAGAUGGAAGGGGUAUGCCUGCAAGACCUGGAUUAUUAGAUGAAGAUAUGCAUCAUGGCAUGGAAAACAACCCAAGGAGCUAUCGCGUGGAUGGCAGAUUGGGUAUGUAUGGUGGUCCUGGAAGAAUUAUGGAUAUAGACCACAGGCCAAAUGAAACAGGAGGUAGCUCAAUCAGGCCACUUGGUAAUGAAAGAAGAGAAGGCCACGGGCGACCACUGCUUGGACUGCGACCUGGAAUGGACCAUCAAGAUAUGGACUAUGAUAGGCGCGGUCCAAGUGAUAAUCAAAUGGACAUUCAGAGGCGUGAUAACAGAGGACGUGGAUCUGAACGCGACAGAUCACUUUUGGACCGGAGGGAUGAUUAUGGUCCAUUACACGAUGACAGACCAGGUGGGAGACUAAGGGAUAUGCCGUUGCUACGAGGUAACGAUGAGAGAGCAAGUGCCGGACCAAUGGACAUGCCAUUGCUAAGAGGUAACGAUGAGAGACUUGCUAACAGACCAAUGGACAUGCCAUUGCUUCGAGGCAAUGACAACAGACAUGCUGGCAGACCAAUGGACAUGCCAUUGCUACGAGGAGGCGAUGACAGACCUUGUGGCGGACCAAUGGACAUGCCUAUGCUCCGAGGUGGAAAUGAUAGACCUGGUUAUGGACUGCAUAUGGAUAUGCCUUAUGGACGAGGGCAGUUUACCACAGUUAAAAUAAGUAAUAUCUCACAUGACAUACCUAUUAAUGAUAUCCUAGCUUUUUUCCAAAAUCACAACGUUGUUCCCGAUUCUGUUCGGCUGGGGCUAAAUGAAAGAGGAAAGCCUAAUGGAGAAGGCCUCAUAGACUUUUUUACUAGGGAGGGUGCCCUGAAAGCAGUAAGAGAGUUGCAUCAGCGACCUUUAGCAAAAAGACCUGUAAGUCUCUUUCUCAUGUAAACUGUGGUAAUUACAUGAGUUCAUGUUGUUGUAAUGAGUACAAAUAAUACAUGUAUGUUGUAUAAAUGUAUGUAUGUACUACACAUGCAUGUACGUGUGGUAAAACAUUUUAUGUAAGAACAGUAUGUAAAAAUUUGCAUGCGUGUCAUGUAUGCAUAAUACACAAAAUUAGUGAACUGAUGUAGAGUCCACAGAACCACAACUUUGAAAAUGUGGGUACGAUAUUAAAAUGUAGUGUUUUUUAUUGCUGGUAUAUGAUAUAUAGCAUCACAAUGUGUUUCAAAUAGACAUUUUAACAGAAACUGUGACAUGUAUAAUAUCAGGAGUAUAAUAUUACUGUGUAACGUAUGAAGUCACUACAGCAGAUGAGGUCUAUGUCUCUCUGACCUCUGUUUGACCUGGCUCGUUUAGCUAUUUCUGACUAACCCUAACCCUGGUAACUAUC